AUGGGAUAAAUAUGCACUAAUUACAGAAUAAUUGAAAAUGCUGAAUCAGAUAUCUAUAGUCUGGAUUCAAAGAUGAAAAAUUUAAAUGAGAUGAGCAAAAGCACAAAGUUUUCAUCAUUAAAAAUGAGUAUUACUUAUACAAAUCAGAUAAAUUAAAAGUUAUCUGAAUCAGAAAUACAUGAUGCUGAUGAUCCAAUUCAUUAUAUUAACAUUAGUAGGGGAAGAGUGAAAUAUUUUAAUUUUUAAGAAGAUUGUUAAUAUUCAUUACGAAAAUCACAAAUCACUGAUAGUCCUUUAACAGUAAAGAGUGAAACUAGAGGAAUAAAAAAAAAAGCCAAGAUUUAGAAAGAUCUUAUCCACAUUUAAAAUUUAGAUUUAUCGUUUUAUCUUUAAAGAAAUUACUAAUAAUAAAUUAAUGAAGAAUAUUCACAGAGAAGUAUUCUCAAGUCUCCUCUUACUAGAAGUUUCAACUCCUUUUCUGAAUAAAAGAAAGUACAAUUUGCUACAGGAACAAAUUUCAAAUCUAAUCGAUUUUAACCAUCAAUUAGAACUAAUCUAAGCAAGAUUAGGAAAAGUUUAAUAUGA